AUCUUUCAGGAACACUCCACAAAGUGUCCGCCGUCCUGCCAUGCUGGGACUGUAACGCAUUUGGGAUUGCUGGUCUGUUUCGUCGCGCCCCUGAGACAUGGCUCCGUUUGGAAAAAACUUCCUGAAAGCUCGACAGAAAAACAGGACAAAAGAUGCCGAGCCUGUGGAAGGAAAGGAGAUUCAGGUGACGGUGUGCAAAGAGGAGAAGGUCGUCUGUGGAGUAACUAAGCACACAACAUGUGCGGAUUUGAUUCAGGCUUUACUGGAUGACCACAAGUCAAUCCCAGAGAGCAAGCGGCUCCUGCACGGGGAACCCAAAGACUUCUGUCUCGUUGAACGGUGGAAGGGUUUUGAGAGAGCCUUGCCUCCUCUCACCAGAAUCCUGAGACUCUGGUACGCCUGGGGUGACCAGAGACCCUUUAUCCAGUUUACUCUAGUCAAAACCAGCGAUUUUGUGCUUCAGCCCACCAAGAAGGGUGGAAAGUCCAAGGGGGCCAAGCCAAAGCAAGGUCAUGCUCAGUACAACCAGGCUCUGCCGGUGGAGAGGCAAAAGCGCAUGGUGAAAAAAGCUUUCCGGAAGCUGGAAAAGCUUCACAAGGAGAGCAAGAGCUCCCCGGGCGCCGAUGAGAUCGACCGAAUGGUGCAGCUUAUUCUCAACCAAGACCACACCAUCCGGGAGCAGAUCCAGCACAUGAGGGAGCUGGAUUUGGACGUGGAGCAGUUUGAGCUGCAAGAGCAGGAGGAGGCCGAGUCCGAGGGUUCACAGGCUCAGGCUUGUGGUCAGAGUUUGGAGGCAGACAUCGACGAGCAGCUGCAGGAGUACCUGUACACCAGCGAUGGAGUGGAACAGCUCGAGCUGCAGGUUCAGAGGCACCAGGAGCUCAUCCUCCAGCUCUCCCGGGACAUUGACGCUGAGCUGAGGAGGGCCAACGACCCUCUGAGCCAAUAUGAGCACAGGCAACAGGAAGGAGCCGUGGCUGCUUCCUGGAUCCCCCCGGAGACCAACGAAUCGCUCUACACCGCUGAACUGGAGAGGUUGCAGGGUGAAGUGAAACACAGCCUCUUCACUGGCGUGUCCCUUCACAACCAAGCUGCAGAAAUAGACAAGCAGCUUAAGUACUAUGAUGCUACGCUGGUCUCCAAGGAUCAGGAAUGUUGGCAGCUGGCUGCCCAGCUGAGCUCAUUGCAAAUUGGGGACGGAGGAGAAGAGGAGAAGUCCAGUCCUGUCACUCUGACAAGUGAGACUCAGUGCAACGUCUCACAGGCAGUGAAACUCAAACACAGCCUGUCCCCUCUAGACAUUACAGACACAGACUCAGACACGGGGAUUAGCUCCACACACAGUCAGGACUCGCUGUCACCGUGUCUCGACUUCCCUCCCCCACUGGACACAGACGUUUGAACAACCCAGUUGACCCUGCAAUUGAUUGUUCUGUAUUCACUUACUCCAGUUUGUUUGUAUGUGUUGUAUCAUUGCAUUCAUGACACAGAGCUAAGCUUUGUUUUUUUCUGAAAGAUAAAUCUGUGCUAUCUUGUAGGACUUAUGAAGGUAACUUAUCUGGACCGGAAACAAUUAGUUGAUUGACAGAAAAUAAAUCAGCACUUAUUGUGGAAAUAAAUAAGUAUUUUAGUCAUUUUUAAGCAAAAGCUUCUCAAAUGUCAGGUCCAUCAAUCGAGGAAAUAAUCAACAUAUUGAUCAUUAAUGACUAUAAUUGUUGAAUUAAAAGGUUUAUUUAUCCACAAUGUUAUUUUCCAAGAAAACAGAUGCUUAGGUCUCUGAUUUAAACGUAACAAAUACAUGAGAGGCACUAAACUUAAGCUAUGUAUGCACCAGCUACAGUCCAUCACUGGUUGUUAGGGUAUCCGACUUUUAAGUGGACAUUUCCCCCAGAAAAGCAAAGACUCUUCUCUUAGCACAACCACGUCUAAGGUGCACCAGGCGGAGUUACUUAAAAGCCUUUUCUGUGUUUUUGUUUCAUUUCCUAAUAAUGGUGAAUGUAUGCUUCUUUCGCUUCUUAAAGUUUUAAGCUCUUUAUGAAGCUGCACUUCUUUGUCUACAUGUAUAAGUCUAUUAACGAUGUUUUAUAUUAAAACAGAGAGCUAACUGUUUUUGGAUGUAGAAUUUAAGGUUUGUUAAAAGUUUAACAUCCCUCUUGACUACACUGUAAAUAUACGGCUGUAUCCACUGUACAUGAUGAUUCUUAUGACACGGGCACAACUUGUAAAGACAAUUUGAUAAAAUAACAGAGAAAAGAUAUUUAUUUAUCAUGAAAUUGUAUUUUAUAGAUGAGAUUUGUAUUAUGACUUUAUAAUAAUAAUAAUAAUUAUCUCCAUCUGCUUCAUAUUUACGGCCAAAACAACACAAAAUAAAUCUGUGUUAAUCAUGCUUCAAAACAAAAGCUGUGAUAAAGUUAAAUGUGCAUUUCAUAAUAAACACUAAUACUGUAAAUGUCACUGAUGAUUUAAGGAUUUCCUCUGGACUCGAAAGUGUUAAUA